AUGUCUGCCGUCGUCGAUUCCGCGGGCCCGGUUCCCUCGAACGAACCAGAUGCAGUUACGCGUCCUAUUCCCAAAAAGUUCAAGGCAUCCGACCUGCCACUCCCUUCGGCAACGCGGACGGCUAUUGAAGGUCUAGCGCACUCUUUCAAGAAGAAAGGCGGCUACGAUUCCAUUCGGAAACAAGUGUGGGAGAAGUUUGAGGCUAGUGACUAUGAAGCCCAGGUCACCAAAGCCAUCCUCGAAGUCGCCGAGCAAGAAGUCGACCGCAAUCCCACUCAACUGCUGACCCUCGAACGUGGGAAAGCGGCAGCACUUAUCGAUGGCGCACUCGAUCGCGGCGGCGUCUACCAGAAGGCGGAAGAGGUCAUUGGCGCGCUCAUAGACAGCCGCGCCAUUGAGGCUAUCAUCCGCAAGUUGCGCUGCGAUGAGAUUGGCGAAGAUGCGGCUGAGGAGGAACGGAUCCGUGGUUUGAAAACAGAUGAAGAAUACGCCGCCGAGACGGCAGCUCGCCGGGCUGAGAGAGAGCGCGUUCGGGCGGAGCUGAGGGCGGUAGAGGAGAAGAAGCGGCAACUCGAGCGGGAGAUCAAAGCUAGAGAGGAGACGAAGAGACGAGAGGUCGAGAGGGCCGCCCGAGAAGAACGGAGGAAGAAGGAACGCGAGGAGGACGAACGGAGGGAUAAGGAGCGUCGCGAACGACGCGAGAAGGAGAGGGAACGGGAGAGGGAACGGGAGAAGGAGCGGGAGAAGGAGCGGGAGAAGGAGCGGGAAAGCCGGAGAGACAGGGACCGGAGCCGCGACCGUGAUAGGGAGCGCGACAGAGACCGUGAUCGAUUCCGCGAACGUGGCUACGAUAGCUACCGAGGAACGCCGAGAGAUCGAUCAAGGGACAGAGAUAGAGGCAGGGACAGGGAUAGGGACAGAGAUCGGGAUCGGGGCCGACGGGACAGUCACGACAACAGACCGAAACUCGGGACCGAAGACCGAGGAGACGACACCGAGAAAACUCUCACCAAGGAGGACCACGAUCGUCUAGAGCAGGAAGCUCUAGCCGACCUCCUCCGGGAAAGCAAGCGUGUUACGACGAAACAACCCGAAUUGGAAAUCGACGAAACUCUGGUGCCUCCCCCGAAGAAGGCCAAACCCGCAUCCGCCAUCGACCCAAUCCAGCGGUCGACUCCUAAGGCUCCUGAACCGAAGCCAGUGGAGAUUAAGAAGGCUACGGUAGAAUCCAGAAAACCGGUAGAAGCUAAGGAGACCGGUAAAUCAGCGGAGGCCAGAGACACAGAGCAUGCGAGCGAUACGAAACCAUUAACUGCUCCCAAGGAGCCCGAAGCGAAACCCGAAAAGCGGAGGUCUAGGAGUCCGUCCCGCGCUUCUCGGGCUCAUCACGGGAAGGAGAGAAGCCGGUCUAGGAAUGACGACCGUAGGCGGAGGGAUGCUCGGUCACGAACUCCACGACUCCGUGAGCGAAGCCGCUCGCGCAGAAGGAGCCGGUCGAGGCUAAGGGAUAGGAGAGACGACCGCCGGGAUGACCAUCGCCGCAGCCGUCGUGAUGAUUCCCGUGCCACACGUCGGGAUGAUCGCAAAGAUGACCGUAGGGAUGAGCGGAAGAGUGAGCGUAAAGACCGCAGUGGAUCUCGUCCAAGGGCCGAGAAGCGAGAGCGAAGUCGUUCCCGUCCGAGGACGGCGAGGACCGACGAUAAGAGGGACAGAAGCCGCUCCCGCCGUCGUGACCCCCGCGAUCGCAGUCGCUCUCCGCGCCAGAGAACCGAGCGCCGCGACCGGUCUCGCUCCCGCUUGCGUUUUGGCCGCCGAGACAGAAGCCGUUCUCGAUCGAGGAACCGCGACCGCCGUGACAGACGGGAACGCAGUCGCUCGCGCGCUCGCACCGAUCAGCGAGAUCGCAGCCGUGACCGUGAUCGCGACCGCGACCGUGACCAAACCCGGGAGAAGGAUCGUGACAAGGACAAGGUCAAGGAAGAAGACAAGGAACGCCGUCCUAGGAGCCGCUCACGGUCGCCGCCGAGCGCAGUGCGCCCUCCUUCUCGCCUCAACCACACCGAGAAAGAGGCAUGGAAACAGGCCGAGGUCAAGAAGCGUGAGCAAGAGGCCAAGGCCUAUCUCGCUGCCCAGAAGGAGGCCAGGGAGAAGGGUAUGCCGGUGCCUGGUAUUGACGAUCGUCGCGCCGGGGAUAAGUCACCAGACCUGAAACGCCGGCGUGAACCUGAGGAACACGAUCGCUACCUUCCCGGUGAUCGUGACCGGGACCGGGAUAGGGACCGGGAGCGAGACCGCAUGGACUACCGCGGAGGUGAUCGUUACGAUGGCGACCGUGACAGGCCAAGAGAUAGGGAUAGGGAUCGCGACAGGGACCGCGACAGGCGUGACCGUUCUCGUGAUCGCGACCGAGCCAGAGAUGACCGUCGAGACACUAGACGCCGGAGUCGAUCAAGAAGCCGUGAUCGCGAGAGAGACCGGUCCAGAGACAGGGACCGAAACAGGGACCGCGACCGCGACCGCGACCAGGAUCGAGAUCGGGAUAGGGACAGCCACUACCGCCGCAGUCGCCGCGAACGAAGCGUGUCCUCCCGACGGGACAGGGACCGAGACCGUGACCGAGAUCGCGACCGUGACCACGGGCGAAGGCGGAGCAGGAGUCGUGGCUAG